AUGGCGGUCAUCCCCUGCCUCUGUGCUGGGAGGACACCCCAGGUGCCGCCCUGGUGGUUGGGAGCGCAGCCCUUGCCCUAGGGCUGGUGCCACCAUCCCCGGUGGGUCUCUCAUGCCCUCUGGCCACCCUCAUGCUCGUGUCCAGGGGCACACCAGGAGGGAACAAGACCUAUUUCCCCUUCUUCUCGGACUUCAGGGGCCACAAUGUGACGGCCUUGCGCAUCGGCGAGUCCUCUGCCCUGGCCUUCAUCUUCCUGCUGUCGCUGGCGGGAAACAUCUGGGGCAUCUGCCUGCUGGUGAGGCGGCACCGCCGGCUCUGCGCCGCCAACUGCCUCGUCCUCAACCUCUUCUGCGCCGACCUGCUCUUCAUCACUGCCAUGCCCUUCAUCGCCGUCGUGCGCUGGACCGAGUCCUGGGUGCUGGGCAACUUCGUCUGCCACCUGCUCUUCUAUGUGGUGAGCCUGAGCGGCACCGUCAUCCUCCUCUCCCUGUCGGCCGUCAGCCUGGAGCGCGUCGUCAGCAUCGCCCGGCUGCGCCACGCCGCCCUCCGCCGCCGCAAGGUGCUGGCCGCCGCCUUGCUCCUCAUCUGGGGCUUGGCCGCCCUCGCCACCCUCCCGCUCUGCUGCUUCUUCACCGUGGUGCGGCUGCCCGCCCCCGCCGGCCAGGACAUUCACAUUUGCACUCUGGAUUGGCCCAGCCCUGCAGGAGAAACAGUGUGGGAUACAACCUUUGCCAUUAUUUUCUUUCUGAUACCAGGAUUAAUCAUUGUCAUCAGUUACUCCAAAAUCUUACAGAUUACAAAAGCAUCAAGAAGAAGUUUAAAUGCUGGUUUAGCCUACCCAGAACAUCAUCAGAUUCGUGUUUCCCAGCAAGACUACAAACUAUUCAGAGCCCUUUUUCUGUUGAUGAUCUCUUUCUUCAUUAUGUGGACUCCAAUAAUAGUAAUUAUUUUUUUAAUUUUAGUUCAGAACUUCAAAAAAGAUUUAAAUAUUUUGCCAUCAGUUUUCUUCUGGAUAGCAUUAUUCACUUUUGCCAACUCUGCUGUCAAUCCAAUUCUGUAUAAUGUUGCCCAUUUCAGACGUAAAUGUCAGCAAAUUCUUCUCUGUUGUACAGGGAACCCUGAAAGGCAUGGAGCAGGUACAGAAACCACUGCAAGAAGAAGCAACCAUGAACAGCCACAUUUGUCUUUCAUUACCAGAUAAUUAUUUAAAGUCUGAGCUGUGCCACACUUUGGAUUUUGUCUAUACUAUCCCAGGUCACAUAGGUCAUUAUGUUAUAGUAUUACAUGCCAGAGGAGGAAGAAAAAAAACAAAUGUAUUUUUAAUUCUUGCAGGUAAAAUGCUCUUGACUUCACUGCUUUGCCCCAGUAAGAUUUGGACAAUUUAAUUUAAGGGAUUGAAUUCUCCUCUUCUGCUGAAAUAAAUAGAAAUAUGGCAGUGAACUUGGUGAAUGUAAAAUAGUUGAAUUAAGUACUUUCAAGUUUCUAGUGCAAAUGUUCAUCCUCAGAAAGUAUCUGCUUUUUUAAAAAUCCAGGUUUUGAAGGGAUCUUGAUUAAACACUUCAACCAGUUUGGUUCCAUCUCAAAUUAAAAAUAUGGACUUAAUACAUUUGAAUUAACAAGUAAAGAAUAAAUAAAUAAAUGGUUAAUUGUCAUGUGUAAAACAGUUCUUUUAAAAUAUGCAUUUUUUUAUGUCUUCAUUAGUCAUAUAAUAAAGUUAAUUAGUAGGAUCACUGAAAUUCCUUUCUCUUUUCUAAAUGAUUUCUAAUAUUUUAUAGGGAAAAUAUAAUGUUCUAGUUGAAAAGAAAAUACUUAUACUUGGAAGUUUAUGAUA